GGGCCAGAGCAGCAGGGUCAGAGCGCCAGAGCCAGAGCUGGAGCUCAAGAGUCAGAGCGCCAGAGCCAGAGCGCCAGAGCCAGAGCGCCAGAGUCAGAGCACCAGAGCCCUAGUGUCAGAGCCAGAGUGACAGAGCCAGAUCCAGAGACAGAGUGGCAGAGCCAUAGCAGCAGAGCCAAAGGGGCAGAGCCUGAGCGGCAGAGUCAGAGUGGCAGGGCCAGAGGAGCAGGGCCAGAGCGCCAAAGCGCCAGAGUCAGAGCGCCAGAGUCAGAGCGCCAGAGUCAGAGCGCCAGAGCUGGAGCGCCAGAGCCAGAGCGCCAGAGUCAGAGCCAGAGCGCCAGAGCAGGAGCGCCAGAGCCAGAGCGGAGCCAAAGUGCAGAGCGCCAGAGCCAGAGCGCCAGAGCCAGAGCGCCAGAGCCUGAGCGCCAGAGCCUGAGCGCCAGAGGCAGGGUGCCAGAGUCAGAGCGUCAUAGUGCCGACCCGAGCCACAGAGCACCGCCAGAGGAUUGCCAGAGCCAGAGCGCCCAAGCGCCAGAACCAAAGCGCCAGAACCAGAACACCAAAGCCAGAGCGCCAGAGCCAGAGCAGGAGCGCCAGAGCCAGAGCGCCUGAGGCGGAGUGCCAGAACUUGCAAGCCACAGAGCACCGCCAGAGCCAGAGCGCCACCAGAGCCUGAGCGCCAGAGCCAGAGCGCCAGAACGCCAGAGCGUCAGAGCCAGAGCGCC